AUGACUAUCUUUUUUGAACUAAUAAUUCAGUUUUUCAGUCGCUUGUUCUAUUCUCAGAUCGCCGUAGGUUUUGGCCAAAUUACAUUGGGAGAACCAAAGUUUAGAAGUUUUGAUACGGAUUACUGUCUAGCAUCAAUAUUCUCACAUGGUAUGCUUAUUGCCUUGUUAAUGACCAGUCGUAUUGGAUUUACUAUAACCAAAAUUGGAAAAAGUGGACCUCCUAAUAAAACUAAUCACGUUUACGACAUUUUCUGA